GGACUAGAGCGUCUGCCUGUGGCGGAGCAGCAGGCUCUGCUAGCGGUUGGCGACGACCGCGAGGAUUUGCUCCGUGCCGCGUAUACGCGCCUUGCUUGCUCAUUAGUCGCACAGCAGCGGUAUGAGGAAGCACUGCAAAUCUGUGAUCUGGUCGAUGGUGUUCAUGUGGUAGACCAGAUAUUUAUGCGAUUACUACGGAAUUUCGAAUUGCCAUCUUCCCCUUGGAUACCAUGCGCGGCGCAGCCACACGCCCACGCGGCCUUUUUGCAACAGGGAAAAGGGUCCGCGCACGAGUACCUUUAUCGGCUACAAGAUCCUGAGCUUGCGGCGAAGUUGGUGCUUCGGCUCUAUCGGUAUUGGGACAACCCUGAC